CAAGUUUCUUUCCGCUCGCGCGAACGAAGUGAAGAGCGAGUUCUGUCAGUUGGAGAAAUUUCAUCGGAAUUAAAUAUCUGUGUGGAGCUUUUGACAAAAUUUAUCGCACCGGGAGUAGGAAUUUUUUAAUAAUUUUUUCGUUCUACUCGGUUGUUCGUCUUUAGGAAGUAGUACAGUUCAAGGCGAAAGAUUUUUUGCAAAGGGCUGCAAAGGGUAGAUCUUUCGCAGCAGAGAACGAGUUAUGGAAGUACCGCCUGAUGCGAACGGAGAAUUUGGACUUGAACGAGAUGGGCAGCAAACUCCUGGCGUAGGAAUUAAAAGAGACUCAAUAUCCUUCGAUUUGGAUUAUGAAAAGCCACGAAAAGUUCCUAAGCUUUGUAUCAAAAUACCACCUUCUGGAGUCAUCCCAGUCGACGGUGUAGAGUCUGGUGAAGAGGAGACAUUUGGAUCAGAUGACAUAGUGAGGGAUUUGAGUCAGAAGCAUGAAGAAACAGCACCAGCACUGAGCUGUCAUACAUGUGGGGAAGAGAUAUACAGUGAAGAGUUUGUUAACAAUGAAAAACUCUACUGUAGUGAGGAAUGUAUGGAGAAAGAAAGUUUUGUUGUUGCUGCAGAUACUACAAGAAAAAGGGUUCAUGCAACAAGACAGACCUUUUUGUCAGAUCUUGAUAAGCCUUCAGGUGGUGUUAGAGACAUGAAGAGGCAAUGCAGAGGGCUGGGAAUGGCAGCUUCCAUUCAAGAACUUAUUGGGUGUCCUACACCAGGAUGUGAUGGAAAGGGACAUGUUAAUGGAAAGUUUGCAUCACACCGAAGUGUCUAUGGCUGCCCAUAUGUACAGAAAACCAGUAGGAGAUUUUCCAGAUUCGACAGUGGAGACAAUGAUGCUGAUGCAACUUCAGAAACAUCAAGGUGUCCCACUCCAGGAUGUGAUGGUUCAGGACAUAAAUCUGGAUUAUUUGCUUCCCACAGAAGUCUCUAUGGAUGCCCAAGGAGAGUCUCUGUGGAGAAAAGCAAAGAUGGAAAAGCUUCAGGAGAUGACAAUGGAGCAAGAUGUCCAACUCCAGGCUGUGAUGGCACUGGACACAGAACAGGGUUGUACACAUCACACAGAAGUCUUUCAGGUUGUCCCCUAGCUACAUUCCAGAAGCAGGUUUCACGUCAGUACAGAAGUCCACCUACUACUCCACCACACAAGAAGAGCCGCCCACAAAAAUGUAUUCUGACAGACAAGACAUUGCCUCAAGAAAGUCCCACAUCUCCAGACUCGGGCAUUUCCUCUGCCUCCAGCACUGAGGACAGCUCAGCCAAGAAAGAACUGAACUUUGAUUCAGACACCAAAGAUUCACCUGUUCAUUUUACUUUCCUCAAGAGUAAGCCUCCCAGAAUGAAGUGUGAGUCCUCAUCAGUGACCACUUCCACUGAUUCCCUCCCAGCAUUGUCCAUGCCAAGUGUAAUCUCAGCCACAACUGCUGUGGCUGUGGCAAACUCAGUCAUGAGUGUCAAUCGGGCUCCCAUCCCCAAGGAAGUGUCUCCUAAGGAGUGCCCUUCAGAGGAAUCUGAUGAUGGAAUUGUUAAAGGGCCAAUUGACACAGGAAAUGGUGGUGGUGGUGAUGAAGAUGAUAAUGAUGAUGAAGAGGGCGAGUUGAGUUCAGAUGAGAUUUGCCUAGAGGCUAAAGAAGUUGUCCAGUACACAUCUUCAGAGAGUUCAUCUGAGGAAGAUUAUGACAUCAGAGAGGAUGCUGAUGACUCUGAUUAUGGAGGAGGGAGAAGUGCUUCAAAGUUGAUUGGUUGUCCAACAGAGGGUUGUGAUGGAUCAGGACAUGUGAAUGGCCGUUUUUCCAGUCAUCGUCGUCUCUCCGGCUGUCCAAGAGUAGUGAGGAACACGCCUCUGCCGAAAACCCCUGUUAAACGUGAAUUUGGAUCUGAUGGGAAACCUAAAGAACUUCUCAGUUGUCCGACUCCAAACUGUGAUGGAAGGGGACAUGUGUCAGGGCAGUAUGCAACACACAGGAGUUUGUCAGGGUGUCCACUUGCAGCCAAAAUGCAGCAACAGGAACACCAAGAAGUUAGGUACAUGUGCCCUACAGUUGGUUGUGAUGGAACAGGUCAUGUGACUGGGAAGUACGCUUCGCACAGAAGUUUGUCAGGAUGCCCUCUGGCUCCCAAGCUUGCUCUUCAAAAUGCUGAAGGGAGUCCGCAGUCCGAUAAAGCUGGCCCUAUGUGUCCUACCCCUGGAUGUGACGGGACAGGACAUUCCAGUGGUCAAUUCAGUACCCACAGGAGUUUAUCGGGCUGCCCUUUGGUUUCUCCUUCGGAGAAGAAAGUUCUCAUGAGACAGGAAGCGGAGUCCAAGUUGUUGGCUCAGGCAAGCGCCAGAAAUCCAGAUGUUAAGCUGGUUAAAAUCCGAUCAGGCAAAGCUCAACAAGAAAUCGAAAAAGUACGCGCCUUGGAUAAGGAGAUCGGCGUGCUUCAGUCUUCGAACGAGGAAUGCGAGAAACUCAACAAGGAGCUCGACUCAGAGAUAAGCAAACUGGAACAGCGACUGACAAUUUGUAAAGAGGAGACAGCGAGUAACCGACACAGGACAGGGGUGGUGGAAACCAAACUCGCCGUGGUACAGACGCGAUUUAUCGCCUCACUGUCUCAUGUUCAGGUUCCAGACAUCGGUGUGAAGCUCACUUUUGAUUCCAUGGAUACGUAUAUUGAAAAAUUACAGCAGAUUAUUGAAGAAAAUGCUACAGAUUACAAAGAACUAAUUGCAGAUAUCAAAGAAGCAUUGGCAGAUUUUAAGUUUUAGAUACAAAAAAAAAAAAGGUUUGUGAAAAGAUUUAUUAAUACCAAUAAUUCUUAAUUAUUAUAUAUACUAAGGUUAUCAUAUAUAUGGGAAUAUUAAGUGAAAUUAUUGUUACGAAAUUAGUAAUUAUUAAUUAUUAAUACCAGAGAAGGUAAGAGUUUUAUCAUAAUAAUUAUUAAGUCUGCUGACUACAUAUCUUUUAAAAUAUUACAGUAACGGUUGUAGUCUCAACUGAGGCUUCGAAAAGCAUUUACACUUGUGUUUUUAUUAUUUUCUCCUCUAAAGUAGGAAGCCUUUUCACGAUGGUUUUGCUCAUUUAAUUUUGUCGUCUUGUUUCUUCUGUUACAACCAUUAUAUUUUAUGUUCCUGAUAAUCAUAUUUAUGCACUAUUUAUACGCUCCACCACUGGAACCAAUAGUUUAAUGUCCUUUUUCUUUAUCUACAUGUUGCUUGCUCUAUCCACUGCGUUUACCUUUGAUUUCGUCUUUUACUUCACUUGUUACCAGAGAUAAUAGUGCAUUAUUAUAUGACUGUGUCUCGCAAGGACUGGGAACUACCGAAUUCACGGAUUUGAUUGGCUGA